CUUGCUGAGAAAAGGAGAAAAGCUCAAACUGCCUCUUCUCUAAUUCUGAGAAAUGCAGAUGAGAAGAAAAAAUGUCCUGAAUUUACAGAUCUUAAUAUAGGCAAUGCCCUGUCUGGAACAGAACUCCAAGUCCAGCUACUGCUAUACACCAGGGAAAAUCUGGAUUGUUCUGAGAGACUGGUUGAACACAAUGUUACUGCAUCUGAGUACCUUAAUACCUCCAAGAAAAUGGUUUUUGUUAUUCAUGGCUUCAGACCAACAGGAUCUCCACCAGCAUGGCUAGGUGACAUGAAACGGCUUUUGCUGUCUUCAGGGGAUAUUAAUCUCAUUAUAGUUGAUUGGAAUCGUGGUGCUACAACAGUGAAUUAUAAAACUGCUGUUGAAAACUGCAGAAGAGUUGCAGAAAUACUGAAGAACUAUCUUGACCAGAUGCUGGUAGAUGGAGCUUCUCUUGACAGCAUGUAUAUGAUUGGUGUUAGUCUCGGGGCUCAUAUAGCUGGUUUUGUUGGCCAAAAGUAUAAUGGCAAACUUGGCAGAAUUACAGGUCUUGAUCCAGCAGGCCCUUCGUUCAGUCGAGAACCACCAGAGAGCAGACUGGAUCAAACUGAUGCCCAGUUUGUUGAUGUAAUCCAUUCAGAUACUAAUGCAUUUGGUUUCAAGAAACCUUUAGGAACCAUUGAUUUCUAUGCAAAUGGAGGAACAGAUCAGCCUGGCUGUCCAUGGACACCAUUUGGUGGAAUUGAAUAUUUUAAGUGUGACCACCAGAGAGCUGUCUUCCUCUUCUUAUCAUCUUUAAAAAGAAGGUGUGACAUAAUAACAUAUCCUUGUGACUCUUACUUGGAUUACAAGAGAGGAAAGUGUGUUGAUUGUGAAGCUUUCCAGCCAAUGUCCUGUCCAGUACUGGGUUAUUAUGCUGAUAGAUGGAAAAAAAUAUUAAAGACUUCACCAACAAAAGCUUAUUUUGAUACCACGGACAAAGACCCAUUCUGCAUGUAUAAUUACUUACUGGAUAUUACCACCUGGAAUAAAAGCAUUAGGAGAGGUUUCAUUAAUAUUAAAAUAACAGAUUAUGAUGGAAACACAGUAGAAUCAGUGAUGAAUAGUGAAGCUUCAACGUUUCAGCAGUACAAGAGAGUCAAAAUUCUAAGUGGAUUUUACCAUGACCUUGAAAAAAUAGCAAAAAUAUCUUUGACUUUUUCUACAAAAACUUUAAUAGGCCCAAAACACAAGCUUAGAGUUCUCCAGAUGAGGCUGAAAUCUCUUAAUAAUCCAGAAAGGCUGCAGCUGUGUAGAUACGACUUUGUACUGAUGGAGAACAUUGAACUGACCUUCAGACCUAUCCCUUGCCCAGAGAGGAGUGCAGGAAGAGACAGCUUCUACUAACUUAAUUUCUCUUACGGCAGUGACAUUUUGAUUCUUCCUCAGGAUAAAGAUUGCAUUGAGACAGGAAAUGAGAUAAGCUAGAUUUAUUUUCAAGAGUCUACCUGGUAAUAUGCUUUACUGUCUUUUGAGUGCCUGAGGGUGAAAUUAAUUGAAAAGUUCAGAUAUUUAUGUAUUUGGGAAAUUUUAAUAAAGUAAAUGUAUCAUGGUGGAGAACAUGCAGUAGUCCAUCCAUUAUUAUUUGCUAGCAAUGGAGCAACUGCUGAAUUAAAUAUGAAUAAUCCUGGCACAUUAUUUGUCAAGUCAUACAUAUAUUUAAUUAUUUAGUAUUUGUAAUGGCUUUUACAUGGAUACGUAAUUAUCUGUCUACUAAGUGAAUUUAAUAUACUGUACAUGUGAUCUAUAGAUCUAAUACACAGCAGUUUUGCUGUGCUGUGUUCAUUGCAUAAAUGAAUUCACAUUUUCUCAUUUUAUAAUGUCUCAGUCUGAGAACUGGAACAAGAUUUGUGAGCAGAUAUGAAAAUUUACUAUUUAAAUCAAUCACCUUCAUUCUCAUUGUAUGUGGAUAUUACUGCAACCAUUCAGAUUCUUUUUUGUAUUAAAACUAUGAACAGGACACUGAAGUUUCAGAUGAAGGCACUCUGGAGUCUGUUUUGAAGAGAACAAUAAAUUAAA